AAUUUAUACGACGUUUUUUUUUAUUAAAAGACUUAAAGGUGGACGUAGCUAAUUUUCGCUUACUUGACGACGGCUCACCGUUUGCGCUUUAAGUGCCAAAACGACAAAUGCAAACAGUUGUUAUCGCUACGUUUCACCAGCGUGAGUGUCCAAGCAGGGGACACUUUGCCGAGACCUUCUUAAAUGUACAUAUUGCGUCACAAAACCUCAGUGUUGGGGUGUCGGUGGAUGACGCAGGGUUUUCUCAGUUAAGUUUACACAGGAUAGGGUUGACAUAAGCAGCUCCCGCAGAAGAAGACGACGGUGGGGCAAAUAAUCCGAGUCACAAGACUUCUUCUCCUUCUUCAGUGAGCCGCACGACUGCUUUCUUCCCUCCCAGGCUCUGAAGGGAUGGAAAACCCCGGGUACUGCUCCGGGAGCUUUGACGGCCUUCAUCAUCCCAGCGAUGACGAUGAUGACGAGAUGGUGGACAUCGCAGGAGCCACGCUGGACUUCUCGACCACGGACGACGUCCCUCCGCUCAGCUCAGCAGUUUACGAGGAGAGUAACGGCACCAGCAGAACAGCCGGUAUGAACGGUAACGGCCCCAGCAGGCUUGUUGACCCCCUGGAGGAUCCGCUGCCUGGAGUGGGCACCUAUGAAGACUUCAACACCAUCGACUGGGUCAGAGAGAAGAGCAAAGACCGGGACAGGCACAGGGAGAUCACCAAUAAGAGCAGACAGUCCACUGUGGCCCUGCUGCACAGCAUCAGUGAUGCCUUCUCAGGGUGGCUGCUCAUGCUGCUGGUGGGACUCAUGUCAGGUGCUCUAGCCGGCGGCAUCGACAUCUCAGCCCACUGGAUGACGGACGUGAAGGGAGGGUUGUGUCUCCGAGGCUUCUGGUUCAACCACGAGCACUGCUGCUGGUUGUCUAACGAGACCACGUUCCAGGAGAGGGACCGGUGUCCACAGUGGCAGAGCUGGGCUGAGCUCAUAACAGGAAAGUCAGAGGGUCCCUUUGCCUACAUCAUGAACUACCUGAUGUACAUAUUUUGGGCUCUGAUGUUCUCCUUCUUGGCUGUCAUACUGGUCAGAGCCUUUGCUCCGUACGCAUGCGGAUCAGGAAUACCAGAGAUUAAAACCAUCCUCAGUGGUUUCAUCAUCCGGGGCUACCUGGGGAAGUGGACCCUGAUCAUCAAGACCAUCACCCUGGUCUUAGCCGUCUCCUCCGGGCUCAGUUUAGGGAAGGAAGGCCCUCUGGUCCACGUCGCCUGCUGCUGUGCUAAUAUACUCUGUCACCUGUUCACCAAGUACCGCAAGAAUGAGGCCAAGAGGCGAGAGGUGUUAUCAGCGGCAGCAGCAGUGGGCGUGUCAGUGGCUUUUGGAGCUCCUAUUGGAGGAGUCCUGUUCAGUCUGGAGGAGGUGAGCUACUACUUCCCCCUGAAGACUCUGUGGCGUUCGUUCUUCGCCGCUCUGGUGGCGGCCUUCACCCUGCGCUCCAUCAACCCGUUUGGGAACAGCCGCCUGGUGCUCUUCUAUGUGGAGUUUCACACGCCGUGGCACCUGGUGGAGCUGGCCCCUUUCAUCCUGCUGGGGAUCUUUGGAGGCCUUUGGGGGGCGCUGUUCAUCAAGGCUAACAUUGCCUGGUGCAGGCUUCGUAAAACCACUUGUCUGGGUCGCUACCCCGUCAUCGAGGUGCUGGUGGUCGCCGCGCUGACCGCCUUGCUCGCCUACCCCAACAGUUACACCAGGAUGAGCGGAUCCGAGCUCAUCUCGGAGCUCUUCAACGACUGCUCCCUGCUCGACUCGUCUCAGCUGUGCGGCUACAAACAGCCAGCCAACACGUCAGACACAGGUGUAGAUAACAGCCUCGCUGACCGGCCAGCGGGACCGGGCCUUUACACGGCGCUGUGGCAGCUGGCCCUGGCCUUGGUCUUCAAGAUGAUGAUCACUGUUAUUACAUUUGGCAUGAAGGUUCCCUCUGGUCUCUUCAUUCCCAGCAUGGCAGUUGGAGCCAUAGCUGGCAGGCUGCUCGGCGUUGGCAUGGAACAGCUGGCCUACUACAACCACGACUCGGUUAUCUUUAAAGGGUGGUGCUCUCAGGGGGCAGACUGCAUCACGCCGGGGCUUUACGCCAUGGUUGGAGCUGCCGCUUGUUUAGGUGGAGUGACUCGAAUGACAGUAUCUCUGGUAGUCAUCAUGUUUGAGCUGACUGGCGGUCUGGAGUACAUUGUUCCCCUCAUGGCUGCAACCAUGACCAGCAAAUGGGUGGCAGAUGCUUUCGGAAGAGAGGGAAUUUACGAGGCUCACAUCAGGCUGAAUGGAUACCCGUUCCUGGAGCCAAAAGAAGAGUUUGAACACAGCAGCCUGGCGGUGGACGUGAUGAGGCCGAGGAGGAUGGACCCCGCGCUGGCUGUGCUCACGCAGGAGGGCAUGACUGUGGGGGAGGUGGAGUCAUUGGUGGAGAGCACGCACUUUAGUGGCUUCCCUGUGGUUGUCUCUUCGGAGUCCCAAAGGCUUGUGGGAUUUGUACUCAGGAGAGAUCUGCUCAUAUCAAUAGACAAUGCCCGCAAACGUCAGGAUGGCAUCGUCAGUGCCUCCCAAGUGGUCUUCACUGAGCACACACCGUUGCUUCCUCCCGACGCACCGCCUCCCCUCCGGCUGAGGUGCAUCAUGGACCUGAGCCCCUUUACAGUUACUGAUCACACCCCUAUGGACAUCACUGUGGAUAUUUUCAGAAAACUGGGGCUACGCCAGUGUCUGGUAACACAUAAUGGGAGGCUGCUGGGAAUCAUCACCAAAAAGGACAUACUUAAACACAUGGCGCAGAUGGCCAACAGGGACCCGGACUCCAUCCUCUUCAACUGAUCUUCUCCGUCCUUCCUCUUCAUCCUCGCCCACCAAAUCGCCCCUCUGUAGAGUGGGGUGAAGGGGGGGGGGGGGUACACCAGCUUGUAGACUUACAUGAAAUGCACCUUUACCUCUUUGGCGAGAGAGAGCCAAGGAAGCUUGAGCUUCAUUUGCACAGCUGACCAGAGAACAAUGGAAUUUAUUUUCUGUGUAACUUGAAGGCAACUUUGGCUCUUCGAAUGACGACACACACCACUGAAAAAAUUUCAAGAAAACAACAAGCUGUCAGAGACAGUGACUCGUCCUUUUACUGACAGUGCUGGACCCGAUAUCAUGAGGGAAGUAGGACAGAAGUAAGUCGAUGGAAUAUUUCACAUCUGCACCUUCCAACAUUUUCUGUUCUCAUUUCCUUCCUCAUUUUCAAACCAGUGAGGAAACCUUCAGAGAACCCCAAAGCCACUUCUCUCUCCUCUGUUUGCCAUCUCGAUUCUCACACCUGGAAGGAAGGGGGGGGAGGCAGGAACAGCUAAUCCUCUGUUAUAGGUGCUGACAAGAGGAGACGGGGUGGAGGAGGAGAAAAUGAAGACAUUGGGGAAGAUGAAGAGCUGUUUUGGGAGCUCCGUGCCUGCCUCCAGGCCAUCACAGCGAGCCCAGACAGAGCACUUUGAGCUGGGCUGAUGGAUGUGCAGACACCUCCCUCCCUCUGUGAGGUUUCCUGUAGCCGUGAGGGUGAAGGAUCCAGGAGUGUGAGAACAGGAUUGACUACACACACACACACACACACACACACACACACACACACACACACACACACACACACACACACACACACACACACACAAGCAAGCGUACACUCCACAAAGACUUUCACGUCAGCCUGGGAACCCACUAGAAACAUCUUUUCUUUUUCUUUCAUUUUUCGUCCUAUGUUUGAGUUUUGUGAUACAGCUCCAGCCUGGGAACUAUGCAGCGCUGUCCUGCCAUGCAGACAGUUUUGUUAUGUUAACGACGUAUAUAGUCAUCGGAAACCAUGUCAUUCCUUAUAGAAGGUGAGGAGCAUUUCCAGGCUGUUGUGGAAGGGUUAAAAGAAAAUCAUGAUGUGAAUUAAUUUAUGUAAAUGUAAAAUUGUUCACUCUACUAAAUUAUUCCCCUGAU